AUGGCAGGAGGGGCCUGCGGACGCAGUCACAGAAGGAGGUGGCCGACGGCCGGCCACAGAAGCGGGUCCUCUUCCCCCCCAGCGUUGCCCUUCUGGAGGCGGCUGCCCGGAAUGACCUGGAGGAAGGCGAGUGUGGGCCAGCCAUGCACGGCAGGCAGCCCUGUCCCUGUCCCCCGGCGCAGGCCUCGAGAGGUCCGCCAAGGGCGAGGCCCAGCGUCCUUAGCCACAGACCCCAAGUGGUGGGAGCCCCAGGGUAGCCCUCACAGGCCAGCCUGCGGAGGCUCCUGCAGUGAAGUCCGUCAGUUCCUCGAGAGUGGGGUCAGCCCUGACCUGGGCAAUGAGGACGGCCUGACCGCCCUGCAUCAGAGCUGCAUCGAUGACUUCCGGGAGAUGGUGCAGCAGCUCCUGGAGGCUGGGGCCAAGGUCAAUGCCCGUGACAGUGAGUGCUGGACACCCUUGCACGCCGCGGCCACCUGUGGCCACCUGCACCUGGUGGAGCUGCUCAUUGCUGGUGGUGCCGACCUCCUGGCAGUCAACACGGACGGGAACAUGCCCUAUGACCUGUGUGAGGACGAGCAGACACUGGACUGCCUGGAGACGGCCAUGGCCAGCCGUGGUGAGUGCAGCCCUGCCUGCCUGCCGGGGCAGCAGGGCGCAGGGCGCGGCGGGUGGUGUGCUGGGGGUGGAGCCCUGAGCCCGCUGCCCCGCAGGCAUCACCCAGGACAGCAUCGAGCGGGCCCGGGCCUUGCCCGAGCUGCAUAUGCUGGAGGACAUCCGGAGCCUGCUGCAGGAGGGGGCAGACCUCAAUGCCCCCCGGGACCACGGCGCCACGCUGGUGAGGACGGGGCCACGCGGGACGCAGGCAGGGGAGGCUGCUGCCGGGACGCAGGCAGGGGAACCUGCUGCCGGCCGAACCAGGGCCGGGACUCAGGGGCCGGCGGUUUGCCUGCAGCUACACAUCGCCGCGGCCAGCGGGUUCGGCGAGGCGGCUGCCCUGCUGCUGGAACACGGGGCCAGCCUGAGCACCAAGGACCGCGACGGCUGGGAGCCGCUGCACGCAGCGGCCUACUGGGGCCAGGUGAGCACCUGCGGGGCGGUGGGGCCGGGCGGGCUCGGCGGCUCCGCAGGCUUCAGCAGCCCGGGCUCGCCGGCCCACAGGUGCAGCUGGUGGAGCUGCUCGUGGCACACGGGGCUGACCUGAACGGCAAAUCCCUGAUGGAAGAGACGCCUCUCGACGUGUGCGGGGACGAGGAGGUGCGGGCCAAGCUGCUGGAGCUGAAACACAAGCACGACGCGCUCCUGCGCGCCCAGGGCCGCCAGCGUUCUCUGCUGCGUCGACGCACCUCUAGUGCCGGCAGCCGGGGGAAGGUGGUGAGGCGGGUGAGCUUGACCCAGCGCACCAGCCUGUACCGCAAGGAGCAUGCCCAGGAGGCCAUCGUAUGGCAACAGCCCCCGCCUACCAGCCCGGAGCCGUCAGAGGAGGAUGAGGACCGCCAGACAGACACGGAGCUCCGGCGGCCGCCCCCCGAAGAGGAGGACCCAGAGGCGGCCAGGCAGCACAACGGCCGAGUGGGGGCGCCCCCCGGGCGGCACCUGUACUCCAAGCGGCUGGACCGAAGUGUCUCCUACCAGCUGAGCUCCCUGGAGAACACCACCCCUGACGCCCUGGUCCAGGCCAAGGCCCCCCACACCCUGGCAGAGCUGAAGCGUCAGCGGGCUGCCGCUAAGCUGCAGCGACCCCUGCCUGAGGGGCUCGAGGCCGCUGAGUCUGAACUGCCUGUGGACACUGAGACCCCCCAGCUGGAGUGUGGCUCCGGGGCUGGUGGAGACCCACCCCUGCUCAGACUCACAGCCCCCUCAGAAGCAGCCCGCGUGGAGAAGAGGCCGUGCUGCCUGCUCAUGUGAGGGGCUGGCGCCUGGGUGGCCAAGGCCCCACUGCCAGGCCCAGGGCCGCUGCUCUGCGUGCCGCAACGUGUGUUCCGGGCUAGGCUGCCAGCCUCCUCCUUACUUGGGGACGGACCUGUGGCAGAGGCUGUACCUGGGAAACACCUGGCUGCGGAGACCUACUUUCAUUCUGUGACUCUCAAUAAAGGGCCGUUCCGCCA